AAUGAGGGGGAGCGACCAUAUGCGCUCAACUGUAAUUCAAAACCAAGCAGGCCAGGGUAGGGCGAAGCCUGGCGGAGCGAGACGCGUAUCCCCAAAGAAAGAAAAGAAAAACAACAGCCGUGCGUUGCAGUCUUUUGAGAAGAUAUGAUUUGCGAGAUUUGACUCUACUUGUGUAUUUCCAGAUGCUAUUUCCAGACAUCUGAACGGUGCAAUAUGUGCAGCAACUGUCUGAUGUGAUGAAAGUCACAGACUGCAAAGCACAACGAUCAUGGUUUUGAGAAAUUGAUCUUUCUGGAUAUAAAGGCCAUCGUAUUUACCACCACUGCACGGUUCGGGUUAAUGGAAAACCAGAUCUGCAAAACAUGCAGAUGAGUCACGCAGUGCACGUGUGAAUGGGAUACAGCUUCUGUGGAGAGCCCAUGUGGAAUUAACAUCCAAAAACUGUUGGAGAACCAGCUUCAAUCAUGUCCCUUUCGACGGUGCUUGCAAAGGCACUUUUUGACAAUGCCGCUGAAAGUCCAGAGGAGUUGGCGUUCCGCAAAGGUGAUAUCUUGAUGGUUCUGGACCAGGAGCAGGAUGGAGGACCAGGGUGGUGGCUUUGCUCUCUACAUGGACGCCAAGGCAUUGCCCCCGCCAACCGAUUACGCCUUCUUCAAACUGCUCCUACUCCUGCUUCAGGUACAGAUACCCGACGGGCUACUAGUGUGGACUCUAGCCAGCAGGCCAGGGUUAAUGGAUUGAGCUCUGAAGAUUCAGAUGGGGUAUAUCUCUCACCACCCAGCUUAGCUGAAGGGGUGUACCAGAGCCCUGGGGCUGCUCCUGCCCCAGUCAGAUCUGGAGAGCUGCAUCACCCUGAUGCAGGAAGACCACGAUCGCAUUCUAGUUCUGGAACCAGGCCUCGUCCUGACUGGGGGGAUGUGGGUGUGGCGGGACGACCCCGCUCGCCCUCACUUAGAGGAAGGGGUGGCGAGUCAGGGACCCUCUACCAGACACCCACCUUGCCUGCACCACUGGCGGCACAACACAGAUCACAAGGUGCACUGGCAUCAGACUCAUUGUACCUGACUCCAACUGCUGUUCCCAGGUCUGCAGCAGAGACAGCAGGGGAGGCAAGAUAUUUAAGUCCACGAGAUGGAGGGGCCGGGCAUUCCGAUGGAUGCUACUUGGUGCCUAGACCAGCUGUCACUGCGUUGACAAGUGAGAAUUUAUAUCAGACGCCUACAAGUGGUGCCCCAGUGGCAGGGCAGUGUGUACCAGGAAUGACUUCAAGAAUUACGGAUGGGAUUGCACCCAAAAGCAACUCGUCGUCUUCCAUUAGUCCUUCUCAGAGUAAGACUGACCAGGAUUCUCCAGGGAUGUACCAAACCCCAACCCCACCUGGGGGAGCCAUAUCAAGGACCCCUCAAUCUGAGCGCAAACACCCCGCUGGAACUGUAGGAGUGUCUGGUGCCUCAACCCCAGGCCAGAAUCUUAAGCAGACACCUCCUACUGCCCGAGGAUCCCAGAAGAGUACUAUUUCAACUCCUCCUGCUGGUCGAGGAAAACUGGCCCAGGGUGUCCUCAGAGAAUCGCCUCUGCUCGCGAGGAUGGGAAAGUCUGGAGUACCAGGGUCCCCAAACCUUGGCCGCAAACCCCCUCCGCCAGCACCUCCUGUUAGAAGUGUAACCAGGAAGGAUUUACUGCAGUCUAACUCAAUUCCACCCAGUAAACCUGUUCUUCAGGCAAACCCUGCACCCCCACAGACAAACAUGUUGGAGGAAGAGCGACAGGGAAGUAAAAAUGUUUACACUCAAGCAGAAGAGAUGAAGAAGAACAGUGAAAUGGUGACAAAGAGGGAGAGUGCAAGUUCUCAGGAUGAGAAACUCAUUGAAGAGGUAUAUGAUACACCACCCACUAAUAGGUGGCAACAUCCAGUUUCUGCUGUGCCUUCUGAGGAGGAUGAUGGGAUCUAUAACACCCCUCGUGCUCUACCCCUACACACUGACCAGGCCUCUGAGAUUUAUGAUGUUCCCACUCUGGCCCUGAAUUCCUCUUCUGACCAUCAGCAGCAAACCUACAAUAUUCCGGGAUCAGCUGGUGUGGCUGGAGAUGCAGAGGAUGAGGAUGUGUACAGUGUUCCCAGUCUUCCUGGGUUACCCAUGGAGGCGAGCGAGAUGUCUGGUUUAACUGCAGAAACCACUGGAAAUGGACGUAGCUAUUCAAUUUCCAGUCCAAGAAAGCAAGACUUAAUCUCUGAGGAUGUGUCAGAACCUGACGGAGGCAUCUAUGACAUGCCUGCCCUCACUCUGGAAAUCCCAACACGCCGUUUGUCUGUAUCAAGCACCGGCUCCGGGGACAUCCAGUGGAAGGCGUCUCUCUCUGCUCUUGUUCAGUCUGCUCUGACCUCCACCUCUCUCACCACCACCCCCUCCCGAGACCUCGCCGCGGCAUUGGCUGAGAUCCUUUCCGUCUGGAAGGCUGGGCAUGUUGGUGAUGUUCCUCCAGUUCUCCAGCAGGCUUGGUCCCGUCUCUCCGACCUGCUUCCUGCCCUCUCUGUGUGUGGUACUGCCCCUCCAGCUGAUGGUCUGCUCACGAUGGUCCGCUGCGCUCUCGAAGACUCCGCUUCCCUUUUACAGAGUCAAGCACGACCUCGUCUACCUUCCCAGGAGUCUCUUUCCCGGAGACCUCUACCUGCUUUGCCGGUGGCGGAGGUCAAACCGAUUACAGGGGACAUGGGGUCACGGAAGGGCAGCUGGAUCCAGGAACGACCACUGCCGCCCCCGCCACCCACAGCUUUCCCAUUGCCCCCAGCACCAGUUUCUUUAGCCCCUACUGUGGGAAGGAUGGAGGAUGAGGAACAAGGGAAUGAGUAUGCAGGAAUCGGCCUAACUCCCGCUCCGCUGCCUUCAUAUCCUGUAGGUGAUAGUGUGGGAUACGUCAAACUGCAGGGGAAGCCAGAGCCUCCACCAGACACCCAUACAGAGCACAAUUCUUCACAGCUUAUCACCACAACUGAUAAUAAAUUGACUCCUUCACCCCCAGUCUCUCUCUCUCUGGAGGAUUCAGAGCUGCUCUCCUUCUAUUCCUCCCAAAGUCUCUCUCAUCUUUCUUGCUUGGCCGAUGCCAUAGACUCCCUGUUCACAAGCGUCCAAGGGAACCAACCACCCCGAGUCUUCGUUUCCAGGGGGAAAAGUCUCAUUGUGACCGCACACAAACUUGUCUUUAUUGGAGAUACACUUGCACGGCUUCUCAGCUCUUCAGACCUCAGAGCAAAGGUCACCACCUCCAGCGGACGCCUCUGCCAAGCUCUAAAGGCUGUUGUCGUGGCAACCAAGGGUGCAGCCCAGAAUUAUCCUUCAGUCCCUGCUACGCAAGAAAUGGUGGACAGAGUAGCUGACCUAUCCCAGCAUGCAGCUGGGUUCUCUGGGCUUUUGCAGCGAUUAGCUGAGAUAUCUUGAUGUUAUUUGUGCGGGAUUUGUUUUACUUUUCACAGUGGAAUGCCUUAUUGUUUUUGUUAUUUUUUUUAAUAUAUAUAUUUCAUAAUCACUUGCGUUUGAGGAGGUAUCAAAAGCGUGUCACUGCUUGAAUCGGUUCAACUGUGAUAAAUGGUGAUCAGACAGUAUGUGUUGGAGUGUAACUGCUUGCCUGUGUAGGUUUUGACACUUUAGACGGGUGUUUCUCCAUUUCAUUUUUUUUUUUUUUUUUUUUGUGCCAAGCACACUUAAAAUGUUUUAAUAACUUAUUGAUGGAUGUUUGAAGAUGUUUGCAACCUCAGGCACAUUUUAAUAGCUUUAUGUUGUCCCCUUAACCAUAUUGAUAUCAAUAAGGUAAAAGUGAUUUUCUCUAUUUAAGGGUGCUCUUGUAAACUGGUCUAAUUAUUCAGUUUGUUUGUAAAUGUGAAGUGGCCUUGGUGUUACAGAGAUCGAAGUGACUAAUUUGACAGCCCAGGAGGUUUCAGUUGUGCUGCAAAUGUAACCAAAACAGAUAAAGCUAACUUAGUUUCAGAAGUUGAACAAGAAGGAAUGCUUGAUUAUUUAAACAGACUUGAAGCACAGUACAUUUUGAAUGAGAGAUUCAAUAUUUAAUUGAAUUUUUUUUUGGAGAGAUAUAAAGUAUUUUCCCACAACGCUGAUUCAGAAAUAAACCUGUCUGUCAGGUCCACUCAACCUUUUUUUCACACCCUUUUGUUUUCUUUUUUUUCUUCCUGUAAUUCUCACACUCCCGCAGUCAGUUUCUGCACAUGCUCACAAAGGCAGCUUAAGGGUGAAGCAGCAACUCUUGCUAAACUAAUAUAAUACAGGGUUUUUGUUUUGAAAUAUGCUAUGCAGCAUUUCUGAAAACAGCAAUAUAUAUAUGUUAGCUUCCAGAGUGGCAGUCAAAAUGCUGGUGCUUACAAUAAUUCAUAUGUGAACAGGCUUAGUUCUAGCGAGACUGAGCUUUGUGUAUCUUACCCAUUUAACAGGUUGAAACAUGCACCUGUUUCCCUCCUGUCUAGAAAAAUCAAGUCAGUGUCAUAAAUGUACACUCAUGUUUACAAGACGCCCUCAUAGUCUGUACCUCAGAGUCCAUUCCUCCAUCUGCUCUCUCUCUUUCUGCCCCUUCUCCCGUAUCUGUCUGUAAAUACCCACGUCUCUUCAUUUUAUAUUCAGGGUUUACAUGUUUGCCACCGGUACAAUGCUAUCAGUGUUAUUCUUGCUGUUCGACUCUAGUUUGGUUUGACUGGUUCAUUUGGUUCAUUACAGUGAUCAAUAUGAAAUAAAACUCUUGCAAUUGAAUGAUUCAGCCAUAAAAAUAUCAGUUUAAAUCUCAA